CUCACCUUCAUCUCUGAACUCAAAUGGAGAUUUUUAUCAUUAAAAUGCUAUCAAAAAGUUUGGUUUCCAAUCUGCACUGUAAGUUGUAUUUCAUAGUUUUCAACUGCUAAAUUUGCUUCUAACAAACCCGGUGAAGCUGAGAUUGGUACAUGUAAGUGUAUAUAUAUAUGUACAUGUAUAUAUAUAUAUGUACAUGUGUGUGUGUGUGUAUAUAUAUACAUAGAGAAAAGAUCAGGUGAGAAGUCCCCCUUAAAAUGAGAAGUGAGAAGUAAUCUUAGCCCUUGGAUUUGCAUGUGAUCUUGCAACGCAGUAAACUUAUAGACUGAAUAUAGGAACUUAUAACCAAUAAAUCAUAACUUAUAAAACUCUCCAUCGUAAUUACGGAAAUGCCACCGCGUCAAAAGGGCAUAUAUAUAUAUAUAUAUAUAUAAUGCGGGUGACUGGUUUGUGCAUCAUUGUUUGGUUCUUGUUGUGUCACUUUUGGUGGACAGUACAUAGAAUGGGUAUGCAAAUCCGUUAAUUCUCAACAAUUUGGUGGAUGUGAAGGCCAUUAAAAAGAUGAAUUGGUGUGGCUAUGUUAUAAAUUGUUUGAUAGAAAACAAAAUGACAUGGGACAGUAAUAUGAACAAAAGCUUCACUGGACCGCUAUUAUUCUUGCUGGUAAGACAUAUGUAGGUUUAAAAAUAAUUUAUAUUAUGAAUAUAUUUGUUUAAAUGAAAAUUAAUGUGGUUUAGCUUGAUGACAAUGAUAUCUUUGAUGUAGAUGUUUUAUGUGGACAGAGUUGUUCGUAUAAAAGAAAGGUUCCCCGGAUGUGUCCAACAAUCAAAGGAUGGACAACAAAACUGUUGAGGGAUCGGGAGAAUGAUGAAGUCAAAUCAGGAGGAUUUGGGUUUGGGCAUGUCGAUGGCCCUGUGAAGAAAGAAAGAAACGGCAGAGAUUAGAAGAACGAGGAUGGCAACAUAACAGAGCAUGCUGGCGUAGAGUGUGAAGACAGUAUGGCUGAGGUAUGUCAUGUAUAGUUUGUAAAUGAAACUUGAUAGGUGUGUUAAAUGGAACGAUAAUUACUAUAAGUGUAUGCUGUGAAUUAAAUGUAGCCUAAAAUUAAGUUAUAUUUACAUGUAAUAGCAGGAAUUGAUUGACAAGUUUGCAAGAAAAACAAAUGUCAUUGUUGCAAUAACAAGUGACAUAGUCAAGAUGUUUGAAGAGGCACGAGAAGCCGUUGGGGGUAGUGAUCAUUUUGUUAAAAUUCUAGAUGCUGCAAAGAAAUUGUUGGAACUAAACACAGUGAGCAUAGUUGAGUGCACACCAACUGCAUUGCAAGCAACUCAAAUGAACGAGGUUGAUGCAUUCUGGUUGAACCCAGUGAAUAUAUCCACACUCGACAAGGUUGCAAAUGUUUUUGUCCAAAAGUCAAAUGACCCAGACAAAAUAAGUGAACUACCUAGCUUCAGUAUAGGCUUGACACAAUAGGAUGCUGAGGGUGACCAUGUGAUUCCCAAAAAUAUGCAUGAGGAGGAGUUUGUUAAGGUUAGUAAAAACAGCAUAUUAGUAAUUGAAUGUGGAUAUAGGCAAUGUGAUUAAUCAAAAUAAUAUACUGACAGUAAAAUUAACUGCCUGUGAAGAAUGUGAUUGAUUGACAACCUUUAUGUUAUUAUUUAUAUUUUAAGGUAUAUAUACAAACCGAAGGAAAAGAAAAGCAGGUUGAUGUUGUAGAUGAUCUACAGAAGAGAAAACAUAAGACAACACAGUUUCUGAAGUCACCAUACGUGUCAAGAGUGGUUGAUGCAGGAGAACCUACCAAGAUGUUUGAGCGGGAGAUGGCGAGAUGGCUAUUGCAAGAGAAAGGAGGUGACAUGUAAGUUUUUAUUUGUUUAGUACAUAUUAAUUCAAAAAAUGUGAUUGUUUAAAUGCACAGGAAAGAGAUUGUGUUCAAAUAUAAGGACUACAAUGUCACGCGGGAGGAUUUGAUGACAAUAAAGGUAGGAUGUAAGAUCAAUGAGCAUGUUUUGAAUGUUUGGGUAACUACUCUAAACUAUAGAGAGAAAAACAGGAGUAGCUUCUCGCCUUCCCGGUUCUUUGCAAAGACCAUGAAUUGUGUAAGUGACAUGGGUGAUUUUAAUAGAUGUAUAAUGUUACAAGGCUUAGUGUAAAUACUUGGAAUUAAUUGCAGUUGUACACAAUGGCUGAUGAGGUGAUAAAAACCAAAGAGGAGGCAUAUAACAUACUAACUGAUGCAGUGGAGUUUGAACUGGAUGUGGUGAGGCAGGAGGUUGAGCUGGACAAAAUAGAUCUAUUCUUUUUCCCUAUAAUGCAAAUGAGGCAUUACUACGUCAUUUGCAUCAAUAUCAAGCGCAAGAGAAUAGACAUAUUAGAUAACUCAUCUGCUAGAGUCUCAAACAGGGAUAAAUAUGAAGAAAUGCCUGCAACUGUGUACAUGACAGCAAAAGGAAUGGAGAAAAGAGCAUCACUGUUAGCAAAGAUAAAACCAACCAGAAUUUCCAUGUCUUGGAGGGAUACGACUAACGUCAUCGAUUAUGGUGUGUUUGCAAUGCGUCAUAUUGAGACGUAUAAAGGAGAAGGACUGAUGGGGUGGGAUUGUGGCCUUAGACAUGAUGACAAGAAGCAGUUAUUAGGACUAAGGGUUAAAUACACAGCAUUUGUGUUACUGGAGGAAAUAAAUGAGAUGAAGAUGGAGAAUUUAUUCAAGACAAAAGAGUAUGCGAAGUUGAAGACGAAUAAGUGAUUUAUUAGUUUUAAAAACAAUGAAUGUUUGUGUUUGGUUUUGGUGUGUUGAAACACUUAUUCUGUUGGUUUUAUUAGGCCUAUUAUGAAAAACGUCAAGUCAUACUACUAUAGUCUGUUUGCACUGUUUUUUGGGGUUUAUGUUGGAGUGUGAACAAUGUGCAUUGCAUUAGGUGAAUGAAUAUGAUUUCAUGAGAGAUAUAUAAGUGAAAACUACGAGC